UUCGGAUGGCUUAUCUCAAUGUGAGUCGUAGCGGGGGUAUUUAUCUACCUGCGUUACCAGCCCCCCAGAGGGCUCCCCUCUCCCGUAAACACCUAGUAAGAAAUGCCCAGUUUAACCCUGCCAGAGUGUGCACGCUAUAUCCCCCCUCCAGAAACCAAGGAGGACCUGGAAUUUGCGGACCUACCCAUCGUUGACCUUUCCAAGGCGCAUACACCCGAAGGACGCGCAGAGCUCUAUCCGCAACUUCGAGAUGGACUACGCACCCACGGCUUUCUUUACGCUAUCAAUCACGGUUAUACUCAAGCUCAGCGUGACAGGAUCUUCGAUGUAGCAGGCGUUCCGUUCAGCGACGUCUCUCCGGAUGAAAAGAAGACAUACACCGCGGAUGUUGAGAAAGUGGGGUACUACGCAGGCUAUAAACCUCGUCAAUUCUGGAAAGUCGACAAUCAAAUUCUCGACCAGAUUGAGCACUAUGCAUUGAACCUGGAUGUCAGUAAACGUCCCCACCCCUUGGCCUUGCGCCCGUUCCUUCCAGAACUCGAUGAUUUUGCUCGCCAUAAUCACUUCAACAUUCUCCACCCGAUCCUUCGCUUGAUUGCAUUAAGCCUCGAGUUGCCCGAGGAGACUUUGGUGGAAAAACACAACUUUGACCGAACGGGAGAAACGUCUGUCAGGUUCAUGAAAUACUAUAGGCGCUCCAAGGACGAAGAAGAGCAAUCAAAGAAUGUCUGGCUAAAGGGACACACAGACAUUGGCAGCAUCACUGUUCUAUGGAGCCAGCCUAUCGGAGGGCUGCAAAUUCUGGCUCCCGACGGCAGAUGGAAAUGGGUCCGCCACAUCGAUAACGGUUUGGUUAUCAACACAGGCGACAUGAUGACUUUCCUCACAGGUGGAUACUACAAGCCCACGAUCCACCGCGUCAUCCAACCCCCUGAGGACCAACGCCACUACGAUCGUUUGGGUGCAUACUAUUUUGCGAUGCCGGACAAUGACGUUCGUUUGUUGCCGUGUGCUGAGAGCCCGUUGUUGCAGCGCGUUGGAAUUGAGCGGCAGUGCGCUGAUGAGGACGCUCCGUCGUGCGAGGCAUGGAGGAAGGGGAGGACGACGUCGUAUGGGAGGUCUGAUCUUAAGAAGGGGUUGGAACAUAAUGUCGAGGAAGAGCUCAUCGAGGGUAUCGUGGUGAAGCACUAUAACUGAAGCGACCACUGUUUAUGUU